AUGAUUGAGAAAUCCAUGCGGAAUGGUGUGGUAAAGUCUAUAUGGACCCUACCUGAUAGGGUUUUGGUCGAGGAUGACUCACAAAUAGCUCAGUUUGCUGACUGUCAGAAAGUUGAGGUUGAAUACGAUCCUUCACCAGUCGACCCUGGACCGGCUGUCGUGCCGGAAUAUGUUUUGGUCGAGGAUGACUCACAAAUAGCUCAGUUCGCUGACUGUCAGAAAGUUGAGGUUGAAUACGAUCCUUCACCAGUCGACCCUGGACCGGCUGUCGUGCCGGAAUAUUUCGGUCGGAUGGAUUCCGAACCAUCACUGGUUUCACUUCCGAAACCAUCACCACAAACAUUCAACAACGUUCGCCGUCAACGUUUCGUCUACAAGCCGAAAAGGCUUCACUUUAGUAAGGAAAAUACGGUAAAAGAGCAACCAAUCGAUUCAAUAACACCGGCAAACAGUACGAUGGAAGAAACGAAGGAAACCACACCACCACAAGAACAGCAAGGUGGUGAAACAGCUGGUACUGGUAACGAUUAUCCCAUCACGCUUUUAGAAUCAGACCUUGGGCAACAUUCGGACCCUGGAAAUGUAACUCAGGAGGAUACCUCAUCAAUCGAGGGCAGUAUUCCUCUUGAAGCGGUUCCGAGCAUGGACGUUACACCUGUAGAGACCGAAGGAAACGAUACGCUUAGUGAGGUUGAAUCUGUACACAAGACCCCUCUACGAAAAAGUGUCGACUCUGAUCCUGGAGACUUUGUUAAGAUUGAUAACGCAGAUAAUGGGAACCAAGAAGAGCACGGUGAACCUGCAAAACUUAAGCGUGUUGGCGGAGAUGGGGAACAAUCUACUGAGCGCGGGGCAGGUGACGUUGAAAGCAAGAAACUUCCAACUGCAAUGGUGAACCCGUUGGCGUCUGAAGAAGAAAAGAAAGACGUUGAAGAAAAAAGUAGUGAGGUUGAACAACCGCAAGAAGUUCCAGCCAAGAAAUCUGAAGACAAAUCGCAGUAUGGAGGCCUUCGUCAAUGGAUGGAAAAAAAUCCAACUGCGGUUCGCUGCGCUGCCACAGCAGCUGCCGUCGCAGGUCUUGCUGGAAUCGGUGCUUUCGUUUACGCCCGAAGGGUUCGUUCUGGUGGUGUUUGA